AUGAGGGAGCUGGUGACUUUCUUACAGCACGAGCUAUGGUUUGUCUUUGCGAGGAGACCGCUUCGAUUCUCAUUGCAAGAGUUCCACGCCGUAACCGGGUUUGAAUGCGAUACUCAUAUCUCGCUUGAGGAGUUUGAAGAGUGGAAAUAUGAUGGUGGUUUCUGGAGCAAGGUUUUGAGGAGAAAAGAUGGAACAAUUACACUCUUCAACCUGUGGACUAAGGACAAGGAAGCUGUAAAGAAGUGGAGGAAUGCAUAUCGCGUACGUCUUGUCUACUUGGCGAUCAUUCUUUGUGUGGUAUUGGCGAGAGAUGAGAAGGCUAAUAUCCCCCUGAAGUACAUCGCGGUGGUCAUGGAUCUUGACAGAGUUCGAAGGUAUCCUUGGGGAGUUGCUGCUUAUGACCUUCUCUGCAAAUCAAUAGCCAAAAAUCGUUCCCAACUGAAGGAAAAGACCACUAGCUAUGUCUUGGAUGGCUUCUCAUACGCCUUGCAGAUUUGGGCAAUGGAAGCGGUACCAAAAAUUGGGAAGCUUUGUGGAAAAAAGCUGGAUAAGGGUUUCAAGGACGGUCCUAGAUGCAUAAACUGGAUGGGAGCUGCGAAGGUGUCAUAUGAGGAGAUCAUUCGCUUGGAGGAGAUUAUUACACCCAAGGAUGACAUCUACCCAUACAUCUCAUGGACAGGAAAUUAUGAUGUUGUCAAAGCUCAGGCGUUUCGCAGAGAUGAUGAUGUGGAGGAUGAUAGAAUCAAUGUUCUGAUGGAGAUGAUAAAGAAGGGGCAUGAUUUUAGUGAGCAUGUUUGGGAAACUGAAGAAAAUGAAGUGAUUUCUGUAUCUCUCGAUGACGAAUCAGCUGUGAAUGAUGAAGCAAGCGUGAAUGUUGAAGCAGCCGAGAGUGACGACGACUUUCAGACUCCGAAAGGAUCAAAAAACGUUGGUUCUAGAUCAAAGAGGGGUAAAAAGAGGCUUCCCGAUCGUGGUAUGGAGAAGAGAAAGCAUAAGGAUGGUUCCGAGACUACAUUCGAUGUGAAUUAUAGUGAAGCAGAUGAUAUGGGUCGCGGGAUAGGUACGCAAGGGGUUGAAGGGCUUUCUCAGACGUCGUAUGUGCCAGGCUUUGAUCCAUCUCAGGACAAAAAAGAAGAAGACUGGUGGACUCCAAUGACUUCGGUCCGAGGUUCAGUGGAUAAUCCAGUAAAGAAAGAAAAGACAGAGAUGAAUACAGCUCCACCGCUGUUACAGUGGGAGAAAUGGUGCGAAAGAAAAGGUCAUGGACUUCAGCUUAGCGAUUCACCAUUGCCAGAAGAUGCUUCUCCGCAGGCGUCACUUUAUUAUAUCUCCGAAGAGUCAUGGAAAGGAUUCACGGAAUGGGCAUUAAAGCCUAUACCUUUAACAAUUGGUCCUACAUGCUUUAAUUUGUCUGUAGCUACAAGAGUAGUAAGUGCUGGAAAAUGGCUUGGAAACGAGGAGAUGGAUGCGGUUAUGUUUAUAUGGCGUGUGAACACUACAUUGAAUCGUUGGGCCCCUCGCCGUGUUGCUUUCAUGAGUGCUAUGAUGGCACCAAGAGGAAGAAGAACCGCUAGGGGAAGAGGCACUGCAACACGUGUGGUUCGGGAAGCUAGCCCGACCAAUUCUGUGGAAAGUGUGAAUGGAACUAACACUGAGACUGAUGGUGGAAGCUCAACAAAGGGGAGUCAGCAGAGUGACCAACCAGCAGGAUAUGCCGAAAUGAUGGCAGAGUUGCAAAGAUACCGUGAGCGUUUUGGAGAUCAAAUGCGUGAAGAAUCCGCUGAUGGAACACCACACCAGGCUGAUGCUCGCGGUUAUGUACCGGGUGUUGGAGUGUGUCACCGUCAUCCGCCUCCGCCACCACCGUUUGUGCCAGCUCAUGUUCGUGGACCCACCUACUGGGAAGUGAUGAAGUACAUGAGGGACAUGCAAAUGGAUCAUUUCAGUGGGAAGGCCAGUGCCACCUCUGCAGAUAACUGGAGGAGGAAGCUGGAGAAGAACUUGGAUGCAGCCAGAUGUCCAGCUGAGUUCCGUAGGGAAUUGGCUGUUCAUUACCUGAAAGACGAAGCCAUGAUAUGGUGGGAAGGUGUCGUGGAAUUAGCACGAGGACGCUAUGAGUUGACUUGGGAGGACUUUAAGGAUGAGUUCACCCGAGAGUAUGUUCCCCCUGAGGCUACAGACAAGAUGGAGAACGACUUUGAGAAUCUGUGCCAAGGGAACAAGACAGUGAAAGAGUAUAAGGAAGAGUUCAAUCGUUUGAGAAGGUUCGCCCGCAGACGCAUGGAUGAACAAGACCUGAUUCGCAGAUUCAUGAAUGGACUAAGGGUUGAUUUGAAGAACAGGUGUUCCCUAAGGAAGUAUGACCGUUUUGCGGAACUUGUUGAGACAGCAGCUUUACAGGAGAUUGGCUUGGAAGAAGAAAGCAAGCUUACAAGGAGCACUCAGUCAAAGGCGACCAAACGAACUUGGGAAGUCGCUAAUACACCACAAACCGCAAAAAGUGAAGGAGGAGUAACUUGCCAUAGGUCUCAGUUGAGAAAUUGGGCCAAGCUUGUGGUUGUUCUAUCAUCGCUAUCAGAUCCUUGCAGUCCGUUCCAAACCUCUGACAGGUCGAGUGUUGUAGCAUGCUCUCCAUUGCCCACUGUAGCGCUUCCAGUUCCUAAUGUAAAGCUGUUUGCCUCCUUCUCAGGUUUCUUGACCCCAUGA